UCAGGCUGUAUCGGCGGGGCAGAGAACAAGGGCGGAACUGUCUCCAUUUAUUCCACUUUUUAAUAUCCUACGCUUGUUUUUUUCACCACAUAUUAUCUUUCUUGUGAAAUAAUCAGAAGUUUUGCAUCCCCCGAAUGUGAAAGGAGAAGAAGAUUUCAAGGAGUUUUUUGCAGUAAAAGGAUGUCAAUGAGGCCUCGCAACAGGGAAAUCUGCGCUGACUGCAGCGCCUCUGAGCCUCGAUGGGCUUCGAUCAACAGAGGAGUCCUUAUCUGUGACGAGUGCUGCAGCAUACACCGGGGUCUGGGUCGCCACAGCUCGCAGGUCCGCCACCUGACGCACACGCCGUGGCCUGCCUCGCAGUUACAGAUGGUGCAGACUUUAUAUAACAACGGCGCAAAUUCGAUUUGGGAGCACAGCCUUCUGGACCCUUCCUCCAUUAUGAGCGGGAAACGCAAAGCCAAUCCGCAAGACAGAGUGCAUCCCAACAAAACCGAGUUCAUAAAAGCCAAAUAUCAGAUGCUGGCUUUUGUUCAUCGAAUGCCGUGCCGCGAGGACGACAGCGUGACUGCAAAAGAUCUAAGUAAACAACUUCACUCGAGUGUGCGGACCGGGAACCUGGAGACGUGUCUCAGGCUGUUGUCUUUGGGAGCGCAGGCAAACUUUUUCCAUCCUGAGAAAGGGAACACCCCGUUACACGUGGCGGCUAAAGCCGGUCAGCUUCUCCAAGCCGAGCUUCUCACGGUUUACGGCGCAGACCCCGGCGCUCCAGACAGCAGCGGGAACACGCCCGUCGAUUACGCAAGGCAAGCAGGACAUCAGGACCUUGCCGACAGGCUGGUGGAGAUCCAGUACGAACUGACCGACAGAUUAGCCUUCUACCUGUGUGGAAGAAAACCAGAUCACAAAAACGGACAGCAUUUCAUUAUUCCUCAGAUAGCAGACAGCACUCUGGAUUUGACUGAAUUGGCUAAAGCUGCGAAAAAGAAACUCCAAUCACUCAGUAAUCAUCAGUUUGAAGAGCUGGCCAUGGAUGUUUACGAUGAGGUGGACAGAAGAGAAACUGAUGCAGUGUGGCUCGCGACGCAGAACCACAGCACUCUGGUGACUGAGACCACAGUGGUUCCCUUCCUCCCAGUCAACCCUGAAUACUCGUCCACCAGGAACCAGGGCCGACAGAAGCUGGCAAGAUUCAACGCUCAUGAGUUCGCUACGCUCGUGAUAGACAUUUUAACAGACGCGAAGCGCCGCCAGCAAGGCAAUUCCCCGGAUGUCAAGGAUAACGUGGAGCUGAUUCUGAAAGAUAUCGGCAGCCGCCUCGGGAGCGAGAGCCAAGAGCCGGAACAGCCCGAUUACGACAGCGUGGCAUCUGAUGAAGACGCAGAGCGAGAGCCGGGCUCUGGGAAGGACGAACGGACCAAGAGCUCGGAGUCCUCCGACCUCUCAGACGGCCCAAUCACCAUGCAAGAGUUCAUGGAGGUGAAGAACGCCCUGAAUGCCUCCGAGGCCAAGAUCCAGCAACUGCUCAAGGUCAACUGCCACCUGAGCGAGGAGCUCAGGCACAUGCAGAGCAAGCUGAACUCCCUGCAGAACGAGAACAGCAACCUGAAAUGGCAGGGCGCCAACAGCAUGGUGCACCCGCAGGAGCAGCAGCGACGGGCCCCGCCCCGCGGAGGCAGAACCAUGUCCAUGUACGAGACGGGCUCGGGAAUGAAGCACUACCAUGCCAGAGCAGACGGUGCGCAUCCCGAGCCUGGCGGCCUCGCCCUCCAGCCCCUCCCUCCUGGUAUUGGGAAGGGUCCCUCCAUGGGCGCCUCCUCCCUCCCCACCUUCCCUUCCACCCUGUCGUGGGCGUGGGACGAGCGAGCCCAAAGGGGGUCCAGGGUGGAGGGAAAGAGCAGCACGUCCGAGAGCAAUUACGAUAACACGCCCAAUCAUGCUGAGCAGGACGAUUCCAGGCCGAGUGUCCCUAGAACCGUUGUCCGGCUUGGAGAGGGAGCCAUCCCUGAAUCAGGUGACUUCGAAAGCGAGACGGACUCGGUGCUGCCCUCUACCGAAGACGUCAUCAGCAAGACGGAGCAGAUUACCAAGAAUAUCCAGGAGCUGCUACGAGCCGCACAGGAGAACAAACAAGAGAGCUUCGUGCCUUGCUCUGAAAGGAUUCAUUUAGCUGUGACUGAAAUGGCCACUCUCUUUCCCAAGAGGCCGAGUUCGGAGAUGGUUCGCGGCUCGCUGCGGCUGCUGACCUCCAGCGCCAGCCGACUUCAGGGUGAGUGCCAGCGAGCAGCCCCGCCCGACUCCUGCCCCGCCGACUCCCAGCUGGUCACGCAGCAGCUCAUCCAAUGCGCCUAUGACAUCGCCAAGGCCGCCAAGCAGCUCGUCACCGUCACCACCAAAGAGAGCAACUAAACCGCUCGCCUUUUACCAUCCUCUUCAUUUCAACACGCCCGCCGUCACUUUUGAAAAAAAAAAUGUUUUUUUUUUAACAGCAUCAGUAUUACGAAAUGUAUUUUUAUUUAAAGGAAUUUUAUUCUUGUGUGUUAACCAAAUUUUAAGUUAUAACCUUGACAUGGGGACAUGUUCAAGCCUUGAGGCUUUUUUUUUUUUUUUUUUUACUGUAGCUCAGUCUGUGCUGCCGUUCUCUGGUAACGUCAAUGUCGAAUGGUCAUGUGACAGUGCAGUCUCUUGUGGUAAUAAAACCCAGGCAUAAUUUGUGAAUAUUUAGUCCUUUCUGCAUAAAAACCACUUCAAACCCUCAUCCUGUGACUUUAACACAUGUACAGUAUCUAAUGUAUACAUGUAAUGCUGAAGUCUAUACGCUGUAAUACCUCAAAUAUAUAUAAAUAUAAACAUAGUCGACUGUGCCAGACCUUCGUGUUACCACGUUCCAGAGACCCCAGGAAACCGAUUUGUUUUUCUUUUCUGCUUCGUUUGAGUACUUUUGUUUGUUUUUUGCAAAAGCUCUGCUCUUGUUUUCACUUGCAUUUAUUUGUAAUUGUGCUGUGUGCAAUUAUGAAUGGAGAUUCAUCCAAAGGAUGUGUGUGUGUGUGUGUGUGUGUGUGUGUGUGUGUGUGUGUGUGUGUGUGUGUGUGUGUGUGUGUAUUCAGUUGCCUUGUGUCUCAAAAUUCAUCAGCAGUUGCGCUUGUGAUUUCCUUUACUUGGUGCUGAUAGUGUGUCCUCAUAUACUUCAGUAUAUUGUAUAAUAUAUAAAUGCUGCUACGCUGUCUUCUACAUUAUGCAACUAAUACGGUGGUGUAGGCUCAGUACCAGCUGCGUACAGGAAUAACAAAAACCGUGGCGGUUUAGCUUCUGUGAAAACCCUUGCCAUUGAAUAUAAUAAACCAGAAUUUAUAACAUGG